AUGAAUUUAGCCAUGGAGAGAAAGAAGACUAAAGGGCGUCAAAAGAUACCAAUGCAAAAAAUAGAAAAUAAGAAUGCCUUGCUUACCACAUUUUCAAAGCGUCGGGAGGGUUUGUUCAAAAAAGCUAGUGAACUCGUUACAGAAUGCGAUGUUGACAUUGGAAUAAUGAUGAUUUCCCCUGCUGGUAAGCCACACUCAUUUUUUCACCCUACUGUUGAUGCAAUUGUUUCUCGUUUUCAGAAUCCUGAUAUGCAGUUAAGCCAAGGUAUUCGUCUAGACACGAUUACUGCUCGAAAUAAAGUGAAUCAACUCAAAAAUAGGCUUGAAGAACUUGAUGCUAUAGAAGAUGCUGCGAUUGCUCGAACAACUUUUUAUGACCAAAUGGCAGAAAUGAGACAAAAAGGUUGGUGGGAGUCAAUUGAGCAGCUCAAUGCAAAUGAACAAAUCAUAUUUGAAGCUUGGUUACGUGACACUAGUUCCAAAAUGUUCCAUCAUUUGAACCAAUUAGAAAAUGGAGCUUCAUCCUCACUGGGACGUGAAUCUUUUGGAGUGUGA